AUGAAGCGAUUCGUACUAUUUGUGGAAUACCCUUCCUAUUUUUUCUACAUUCAAAGUGACAAAGAUUGCGCUAGGAAACUGCGACGUAAACAAGGAAGACCUCAGGACAGGGCUCUAGAGGUUGCCGCAAAAUUGGGUCGAAUCCAUAUCGAAGCCCAGUUCUACGCACUUAGCCCCAGACUAUGUGUGAAACUAACUGUACCACAUGGGGUGACUAUGGAGAGGGAAGGCUGGAAUGCCUUUCCCUCUGUAGUGCUAUCGCAGCAAGAGUCCCAUCAGAUCCGUAAUCCGCAAAGGCGAGACCCAAACAGUCUUGAUGAUAUUGUUUCGCUCAUAAACCAGUUCAUCAUAUUCGAAAUCUGUGUGGAUGGGCCUCUUCGGGAACCUGACGCUUCGAGUGACCCAACUGAGAUUGAGGUUCGAGACAAGACUCGGGUAUUAUUCACGCAACAGUCGAGUUACUGA